AAUCAUUUCAGCACUGGGGAUUUCAGAUUUCCAUGCCUUGUCAUGUCGCUUUGCGUGAUUUCCCCGAGGUUUCAUCUGAUGUUCUGCAUGAAUUGUCGGGAUUUCUGUCAUUAUACACAGCUUGAAGACCCCCCUCAGACACUGUGAAGCCACGGGCUGUCGUGAUGUCGGAGCCCAAAGCGCCCACCCCGGCCCCUGGGGACACUUAUAAAGGCUGGCUCUUCAAAUGGACUAAUUACAUAAAGGGAUACCAAAGGCGCUGGUUCGUCCUGAGCAAUGGCUUGCUGUCUUACUACAGGACCCAGGCGGAGAUGGGUCACACAUGUCGGGGCACCAUAAACCUGGCCACGGCCAAUAUCGCGGUGGAGGACUCCUGCAACUUCGUCAUCUCUAAUGGCGGCACGCAGACGUAUCACCUGAAGGCCAGCUCAGAGGUAGAGCGGCAGCGGUGGAUCACAGCACUGGAGCUGGCCAAAGCCAAAGCUUUCCGCAUGCAGGCUGAAUCGGAUGACUCCGGGGAUGACUCCACUCCUCCUGCAACAGGUCAGGGCGCAGGCUCACGCAACUCAGAGGUGCAGUCCACCCUCCGGACGCUGGGAAGCAAGGUGGAGGAUCUCAGCACCUGCAACGACCUCAUCGCCAAACACGGCUCUGCUCUGCAGCGGUCCUUGUCUGAGCUGGAGGGAGUCCGGCUAGGAGGAGAGACGAGUGAAAAGAUUCGACAGGUGACGGAGCGAGCCACUCUCUUCCGCAUCACCUCCAAUGCCAUGAUCAACGCCUGCCGGGACUUCUUGGCGUUGGCUCAGACUCACAGUAAGCGCUGGCAGAAAGCCCUGCAGGCCGAGAGAGAGCAGAGAGUGCGACUGGAGGAGACACUGGAGCAGCUCGCCAAACAACACAACCAUCUGGAGAGAGCCUUCAGAGGAGCGACCGUACUGCCUGCAUCCCAGAGCAACCCUGCCAUAGAUAGCAAAGGCCCAGUUUCAGGAAAGGGUGACGCCAGUGACGAGGAUGAGGAGAAUGAAUUCUUCGACGCAUGCGAGGACGUUCAAGAGUUUAUCACCGUACCAGCAGACCCCAAAUAUCACAGGAGAUCCGGCAGCAAUGUCAGCGGAAUCAGUAGCGAGCUGGGAAUGGACGACGGGACGACGUCGCUAGAUGAGCAGUCUCUGGCAUCCAAUCCCGAAUCUCCACAGUCCCAGGAACUAGUGCCUGUGAGAAAGAGGCGGACCCGAAUCCCAGAUAAACCAAAUUACUCUCUCAAUCUAUGGAGCAUCAUGAAGAACUGUAUCGGAAAAGAGCUCUCCAAAAUCCCUAUGCCUGUGAACUUCAACGAGCCCCUGUCCAUGCUGCAGCGUCUCUCCGAGGAUCUGGAGUACUACGAGCUGCUGGACCGGGCCGCCAAGUGCCAGAGCUCUCUGGAGCAGAUGUGCUACGUGGCAGCUUUCACCGUGUCCUCUUACUCCACUACAGUUCACCGCACGGGCAAACCCUUCAACCCUCUGCUGGGAGAGACAUUUGAGCUGGACCGCGUGCAGGAGAGCGGCUACAGGUCCCUCUGCGAGCAGGUAAGCCAUCACCCUCCGGCUGCGGCCCAUCACGCGAUCUCCGAGCGAGGCUGGACCCUGAGACAGGAGAUUGCCUUGGCCAGCAAGUUCAGGGGAAAAUAUCUCUCCAUCAUGCCCCUGGGUUCUAUUCAUUGUAUUUUUGAGAAGAGUACCAAUCACUACACCUGGAAGAAAGUCACAACCACAGUGCACAAUAUCAUUGUCGGGAAACUCUGGAUAGAUCAGUCAGGAGAAAUAGACGUUGUGAACCACAAAACAGGCGACCGCUGUCAUCUCAAAUUCGCACCGUACAGCUACUUCUCCAGAGACGUGGCCAGAAAGGUCACGGGGGUGGUGACGGAUAAAGAUGGGAAAGCGCACUAUGUUCUGUCUGGGACGUGGGACGAGAAGAUGGAAUACUCGCGUGUGAUGCAGAGCAGCAGAAGGGGAGAGAACGGCGCUGACGGACGACAGAAAACCGUCUAUCAGACGCUCAAAGCCAAAGAGCUGUGGAGGAAGACUCCGCUGCCGGAAGGCGCUGAAAACAUGUACUACUUCUCGACCCUGGCGUUGACAUUGAACGAGCUGGAGGAGGGUGUUGCUCCCACGGAUAGCAGGAGGCGGCCGGACCAGCGUCUAAUGGAGCAGGGCCGCUGGGAGGAGGCUAACGCUGAGAAACAAAGGCUGGAGGAGAAGCAGCGCACUGUCCGCCGAGAGAGGGAGCGAGAGGCCAACCGCGCCGCCAGCCCUUCAGAAGAGGGUAAGGAGUCAGCGGACGGGGCCGAAGAAGUCGAGAUUGCCAGUGAGCCCUCUGAGACCACUUACAAAACUGACACAGAUGAAACUUCCUCCGAUCUUUCGCUAUCAACUGAAACACUGCACGGCUCACACCCACCUGCAUACUCAAUGGAGGGUCCUUAUGGAGCUCCAGUCAAAAGUGGUCACCAGGACAACUACAAGUCGAUGUGGUUUGAGCAGCUCGUCGACCCGGUGACAGGAGAGCCCACGCACAUCUACAAAGGAGGAUAUUGGGAGGCCAAGGAGCAGGGCAACUGGGACUCCUGCCCGGAUAUCUUCUGAUCCCAAUCACGCACAUGCCCCGCCGUGCCCUCACUGUCCCGUUUCCCAGAAAAACAAAAAACCGAAAGCUCAAUCAGCUGCCCCCUUCUCUUUUCCCGUAUCGUAGUAUGUCGAGAUACGCGUUCUCUCUUUCGCCAGCCGUGCUCUACUCAGUGGACAAUAUGGAACACCGAAAUGGUUCGGGAACGUUCUCCCGCCACCAUCCACUGUGUGUCUCUCUGUUUUCCUCGUGUUCACAGGAUUAUUCAAACAUAGGGUUCGUGGUUCAGUAAAUGCUAGAGUUAGGAAAACAUAUCCUUUCCCGCUCCACACAUCUUCCUCAAGCUGUGGACGUCACAUCCUUAAACAUCCGGGGGAUACGAAGGCCUGUUUGAUUGCGUGUGUGUGUGUGAGUGUGUGUGUGUGUGUGUGUGAGAAUUAGCGCAUGUGCGAGUGAGUUCAGAGAAGCGCUGUAUUGCUCGUUCUUUUCAUUGAGCGUGUUUGUGUGAGAGACGUAGUUUGAGAGCUCGCCUUGGUUUAUGGAUUUUAAAGGAAUGGUUUGCACAAAUAUGAAAGAUCUGUCACUGAUUUCUCACCAUCUUUUUUUUUUAUUUAUUUUUUUUUUUUUUAUAAAUAUGCAGCUCUUUUCUAUUAAUGUUAACAUAGAAUGACCACUUGUCAAACACCAUAAAAGUAUCAUAAAAAUAGUCUAUGCGAUUUGUGAUGCUAUAUUCCAAGUCUUCCGUAUCUAUAUGCUAGUUUUGUGCAAGAAAUUUUACACUUGUUCUAACUGGCACAGCAAUUACGACACACAAGAACCAGUGGUGUUUUAGAGUCAAUAACCUUUCGCAAUGAGAUGUCAGAUCUUCAGUGGAGGGGAAGAUUAUUAUUGAGUAACAAUGUAAAGUUCAGUCUUUUCCUCACACUGAGCCAUUGUAUUACUUGAAAUAUAAUGUACAAGUCGUAUGCAUCAUUUUAUGGUGCUUUUAAGUCUUAUUUUGGUUCUUUUUGUAGCUUGACAGUCUGUAAACUUCUACAAAAAAACCCAGUAGUUUUGUUCAUGAAAUCUCCACUUGUUCGAACUGGUACAGCAAUUACGACACACAAGAACCGUUGGGAUUUUGUUGCGUCAAUGACUGUCAAACCGCACAGUUUUUGAAACUAUUAGCAAAUAAGAUUUCAGAGCUUUGGCAGAUGGGAAGAUUAUCAUUGAAUAACAAUAUAAAUGUAAAUCUUUUCUCUCGCACUAAGCCAUUGUAUUACUUGAAAUAUAAUGUACAAGUCAUAGGGAUGACUUUUUGGGUGUUAAGUUAAAUAAGUUUAGGUCUAAGCCUAUAAAUUGUUCUACAGAAAAAAAACACCAUGAAAGUAUCAUGAAAGUUGUCUAUGCGAGUUGUGACGAUAUAUUACAAGUCAUCUGAAUUUAUGAUAGUUUUGUGCAAGGUAUUCUUCAUUUGUUCGAACUGGCAUGCCAAUUAUAAAACGCAAGAACCAAUAGCGUUUUGGAGUCAAUGACCGUCAGACCGCACAAUUUUUGAAACACUUCACAAAUGAGAUGUCGUAGCUUUGGCAGAUGGAAAGAUUGUCAGUGAAUAACAACGUAAAUUUCAAUCUUUUUAUAUUACUUGAAAUAUAACGCACAAGUCAUAUGCUUACUUUUAUGGUGAUUUUAAGUCAUUAUUUUGGUCCUUUUUUACAACCUAUGAACUGAAAAAAUCAACUACGUGGGUUUGAAUGACCCAAGGGCGAGUAAACGAUGACAUCAAUUUCAUUUUUGCAUGAACUAUUCCUUUCAAUCCCAUCAUAUCUGUACAGUUCUCUGAGGGACAAUGGAAGCAUCAUUCUGAUAUUCUUACUAACACUCGCUAAAAUCACUUAAAAAGACUAAUGAAUUGUCCAGAGCGUGUUUAGAACCUCUAGAACAGCAUAUCUGUUGAUGCUCGCAAGAGGUUGUGCUGCUUUAAGCAGGAGAGCCACAUAAAAGCAUCAGUGUAGCCAGAGGAAGACGCUGCACUGCUUGAAUUUAGCUUCAGUGUUUGAAACUGACAAGUCGCUGUGAUGUGUAGUGUACGUGACACUGAAGGAUCUACCCGUUUGUUGAUGUUUCCCCUUCAGCUUGGGCACAGAUGCAUUAUGGACCACUCUUGCUCAUGUGGGAAGCGGUGAAGAGAAGGACGGUGUCCACAAACUGAGGCGCUCGAGUGUGUGUGUGGGGGCACUUGAGGUCAAGGGAGUCUCAAACCUGUGUGUGUGUGAGAUCAUGAGUGACGUAUUUGGGGUUUGUUGUGUAUUAGUGAAACUAAAAAAGGAAAAUUGCAUUUUAUUUUCAAGUGUACUUAAACACAUGCGUGGGGGGCAAAAAAAGCAAGAAUACAGCAAUGCAAAAACAUUGCGGAUAUUUGUGUAUAUAUAUCAAAUAAUGAAGUAAAAUAUUCAUACUAUUAAUACCAAUCCUUCUUAUGCUGACACUGACAGCUAGAGUUAUAAUUAUGAUGGUAAUUUUGAUGUAGUUUGAGGGUUCAGCACAAUUAUUAAUUUUUUAUCUUUUUUUUUUUUUUUUGUCUGUUUGAUAUGGGAAGCCACGACACAUUCUUGUUUUCUUCAUAUCAAAGAUAAAACGUUUGCUCAUUGUCCUUGAAUGGAUUCAGACUAAUGGAAAUUUGAUAUAUAUGUAUAUCUAUCCCAUCAUCCUCCUAUUCCGUUAAAACAGCAGUUUCAAUGUGAAUUCACAGUUUUACUGCUGUUCGUAAUAAUUGCAGAAUCUAUUUUCUUGGUUUGCAGUCUUUUAUUUGUACAACUGUUGAACUUGUUCUUUCUUCAUUUGAUUUCUUUGACUGUCAUUCCUCAAGUUUUCCUCACUACCGCUGGUUGGCAUUCUUCUUUUUGUUUGUCCUGUUGGUGUUGUCCCUCUCUUGGCCUCUGAUCAUUGUGUUACAGCACAGAAUUGCUCUUGACUGUCGUCAUGGUGCAGAUGAUAGUGAAAUAAAAGCUGGUUUGAAAAGGAAAUGAUCUAACAAACAACAGUCUGUCACGUCUGUCAUUAUGAAUUACCUUUUGCAUAUUUUGCAAGUGACUGUUCUUAAGAGAUUAUCACUGAAUUGCAGUUGAAAAACAGUACGUUUCGGUUUCCUAUCUUUUGCUCUGAAGCAGCACCACCCUUUUUACAGGAAAACUUUUUUUUCUCUCUUCAAGUUAUGCUGCUGAAGCAGGCUUCUCAUGAGAUUUCUAGACCUGAAUUUUUUUCGUCCUAGUUGUUCUGCUCCAAAAUAUUUCAUUGGCUAAAUAUUGCAAGAUAUUCAUCAGUUAGUGUUUUUAUCUUAUUAGAGAAAUGUGCACCCCAAGUACAAUUCAAAAGCAAAAAAAAGAGAAAA